AUGGCGUCUAAAAGUCGUCCAAGCUAUCAAGUGUCUGUGUUACCAGUCACUGUGUUUGCACAUCUGAUAGUCAUAGCAGUGACAAUUCUUGUUUUUGUUUGGCUCUUGCAUUUCCUGGAAGGCCUAGCUUUCAAAUCCAACAUCAAAGCAAAGAUUUUCAAUGUAGUUCCUAUGCCUAUUACCUACUAUUUACUGGAUUGUUUCUAUACUGCUUUGAGGUCUGAUGUGCAGUGUUUUGAUUUCUUUGGCAUUGUUUUACAGGUGCACCCUUUUCUAAUGUUCAUUGGAUUUGUUUUAGUAGUUGGGGAAGCUAUCAUGGCAUACAAGACUGUCCCAGCAAAAAAAGAGGUGCAGAAAGUAUUUCAUUUGACAUUGCAUUUUAUUGCUCCCAUUUGUGGAAUUCUGGGGAUUUAUGCUGUUUUCAAGUUUCACCAUGAGGUUGGAAAUCCAGAUAUGUACACCUUGCAUUCCUGGCUGGGCAUGUCUACCAUCUGCCUCUUUGGUUUGCAGGUACCAUCUUCUAUUUAG